AUGGAUUCCAUGCCCCGUCGCCACGCUUGCCCCAACGCCGUCCAGGCCAGUGCGCCGCUCCCUACCGGCGCUGCCAUGGGUCUGGAUGCGUCCCGCGAGGUGUUUGUCGGCGGGAUCCGGGGCCCUGCCGGUGUGGUGGGGGCGCGGCCAAGGCACGACAGCAUCCAGGCCGGUGCGCCGUUCCCCGACGCCGCCACCAUGGGUCUAGAGGCCUCCCGCGGCACGUCUUUCGGCGGGAUCCCGGGCCCUAACGGUGUGGAGGGGGCGCGGCCAAGGCACGGCAGCCUCCAGGCCGGUGCGCCGUUCCCCGCCGCCGCCGUCAUGGGUCUGGAGGCCUCCCGCGGCGCAUCUUUCGACGGGAUCCUAGGCCCUGCCGGUGUGGAGGGGGCGCGGCCAAGGCACGGCAGCCUCCACGCCAGUGUGCCGUUCAACCCCGCCGCCACCAUGGGUCUCGAGGCAUUCCGUGGCGCAGCUUUCGGUGGGAUCCCGAGCCCUACAGCAGAGAAGGGGGUGCGUUCAAGCUUCCUCGGCAGCGGCUUCCAGGCCGGUGCGUCCGACCCCGCCGUGCACAGCAUGGCCGGCCAUCGCAGUAGCCUGGCUCGCCAUAUCGUUCAUUGGGGCUCCGUUCCUGCAAAUGCCAGUCCUGAGCUUAUUCAGAAGAGAACAAUGGGAGCCCUGGCUGCCUGUAUUAUGGAGAUGCAGGACAACGCCGAACGGAUGAGGAAGCUGAUGUCACAGUACCAGAUCUCUGCAAUGCCAAGAGGCUUUAGAUGCCAAUCCAAGGUCGCCAUCGGAACCGGAGGACGAAUUGCCAUUUGAUGGCUGUGAUCAAUGGGAAGAAGAUGAGUACCUGCAGGACGAUGCGUCAUGGUGUGCUGAGAAUUACAUUGACUUUGAAGAAAUUUUAGAUCGCCGCAUGAAUUGAUUGUGUAGUACUAGUUAUCCAAUGUUGUUAGUGGCUGUGGCUUGUUACAUGUAUUGAGAUGCUUGUGUUGUUGUCAUGUAUUGAACAAGAUUAACUGAUGUAUGUCAUCCUUUUGUUCAGUUGUA